AUGGUUAGAAAUUACAAACGAAAAACACCUAAACCAGGAUACACGGAACAACAAUUAGUUGCUGCUAUUGAGAAAAUCAAUGCAAAGGAAUGGACUUAUGAGAAAGCUUCAACGGAAACUGGUAUUCCUCUUGGUACAUUAGCUUCUCGAAUAUCUCGAAAUUCAACCGAACUUGUUGGUCGUCCGACAGCUUUAACAAGAUCUGAAGAAGAAAAUUUAGUCGGCUUAAUCAUUACUUUAGAAAAUUAUGGCGAACUAUCGACAGGUGAUGAUGUUUUGAAAUACGCUGCAGAAUAUGUCGAUAUCAUGAAUCUUAAUGCUCGAUUUAAAAAUGGUCAACCAACACGUGAUUGGUAUUAUACCUUUUUAAAAAGAUGGAAAAGUAAAUUGAAAAUAAUGAAAAGUGCUGUAUUAGAAAAAGCACGGGCUGAUGUUACGAUGAGCACUGUUGAUAGUUGGUUUGCUAAAUUGUAUUCUGUUUUACUGAAAUAUGAUUUAUUCAACAAACCCGAACAAAUUUUUAACUGCGAUGAAAGUGGCUUUCGCGAUGAUCCCGGAACAAAGAAAGUAGUUGUUAGUAGGAAUACCAAGUAUGCGGAAAAAGUAAUUUCUGGUACUGGUAAAGACAGUACAACUGUUUUAUUGACAAUUAGCGCAAGUGGUACUUGUUUUCCACCCUAUGUGGUGUAUAAAUCCAAGUGUUUAUAUGAUACGUGGUGUCCUCGAAAUGUUAUUCGUGGAGCAUUCUUUAAUCGAACUGAAAGUGGUUGGAUCAAUGAGGAUACAUUUUUCGAUUAUUUGAAAAAUAUGUUUAUUCCUAAUACUCAACAUAUUCGACGUCCUUUGUUAUUAAUUUUUGAUGGUCAUACGUCUCAUUUAUCCUUGAAAACAGCACGAUUAGCAAUGGAGAAUAAAAUCCAUCUUUUAUGUCUUCCUGCCCAUGCUACACAUUUACUUCAACCUUUGGAUGUUUACACAUUGAAGUAUGUCAAAGCACAGUGGAGAGAGCUACUUUGGGAUUACAAUAAUAAAAAUCGUUUGAAAAAAUUAGAUAAACCAGAUUUUAUUCGUUUAUAUAGUCGUUUGUAUGACUAUGCAUUAUUACCAGCACAUUGUUCAUCUGCUUUUGGAAAAGCAGGGAUAAUUCCAUUCGAUCCUCGUGUUGUCAAACGUAGUCGGUUGUUAAGAAAAUCAUCGUCAGCAGCAGCAGUAGCAACAAAUGCAUUACCACGUUCUCGAUCAGUUGAAUUUGAUUAUAAUGAUAAUCAAUUACCAACAACCAUUACAAAUCCAACACCAACAUCGUAUUCGAAUCGAACACGAUUAGUUAAAUAUCCAUCAGAUCCAUCUCUUUUUUCUGGAAAUGGUGAUGUUGACAAAAUUUCGAAACAAGGAACGUUAUCCGAUGAAUUACGAGAUGCAAUCAGUUCUCUUAAUAAUGCAAUUGAAUCCCUUGAUUCAAUUGUAUCACCAACACCAAGUAAUUCUGAAUCAUUUCCACAACGAACAAAUGAUGAUUCUUCAAAUUUACCUACGUCCACCACGUUUGAUCAUUCUUCGAUUUCAUCAAUAUCAAAUGUAAAUAACAUUCGAUUAAUUACGUCAACACCUAUUGCAACUAAUCCAACAGUUCCACGUGUACCAAUCUCAAAUGAUACACCAGUUAUACCUUUAUCAAGUACAAACAAUUUAUUAGCUAAAUCAAUAUCGGGCCUCAAUAUUAGUUCAUCGACUUCUUUCACAUCCACGGAAAAUGACCGUUCACUAAGUGCAAUUAAUAAAAUUGUCGAAAACCACUAUUCUAAACAGGCCUCAACCGGUAGAAGAGGUAGGAAACGCGUUAUUCCUACAACAUGUGGUAGAAGUGUAACAGAUAUUGAUGAACUUGCACUAGCAACGAUUAAAAAGCGAAAAAUUACUGAAAAUAAAGCUGCUAAAAAAGCUAGUUCGAAAAAAGCUACGAAUGCACAAACACAAUCUACAUUAUCAACUGCAUCUAGCGAAAGUACAUCUAAUCUAAAUACAAUCAAUAUAGCAGCAGCAAGUAUGCAAAAUAUGUCAUUACCACCUAUCACGUAUAUGUUGCCAUCAAAUGCCUCGCAAAUGAUGCCAUCAUUUCAAUCGAAUGUUACAGCAUACACUCAAUUACAAAAUGUAUCACCAAUGUCUUCAGCUCAAUGUCAAUUAUGUUUUAAUUUUACUCAACCGUUAGAGAUUACUUCUAAUUGUAAUCAAUGUAACAAAAUUCUCUGUCAGACCUGCAGUAGCAAAAUUGAAUCCAAUAACUAUCAACUUUGUCAUCAUUGUCAAUCAUAUUAUAUUGCACAGCAACACCCUUAUUACACUUACAGCCAACUAUGA